CCCAUUAAAGAUAUAACUUAAAACCUUGUGGUUAGGCUUGAUGAAGUUGUUUUGUGUUAUAGGGAAGAAAGGGUUGAGCCUGGAAGAAAGUGCGGCUCUUGGGGGAAGUUACAAUGUGUUUCUGCAGACGUCGUUGCCGGAGAAAUAUAGGAUUUACAAUCCCGACACUGAAACAGCGGACUCAUCUCAACUGGUGUUCCGAACGGCGUUUCGGCGCGGAUUUGCCAUUGAAGUCCUGCAGGUUUAUUCUGGACCACCAAAGAUUGUGUACAGCUUCAGGCACUGGGGUUAUAUGGAGGGUCCUUUCAAAGGCUAUGCCCCUACCGGUGAAAUUGCUCAAUUUUUCGGAAUGGGCAUUUUUGAGAUUGAUGAAGAGUCUAACAAGAUCGUGAAGGCGGAGAUGUUCUUUGACGGCGGAGAAUUGCUGGGAGGACUAGUGAAGGGUGGCUCCUCCCAUGAUCAUGAAAUAGCUACAACUCAAACAUCAUGUCCUUUCAUGGCAUCCAAGUAGCCAAGCUUCACUACUUGACACCUGGAAUGUAUAGUAUUAUUGCCACUCUAUACUACAUAUAGUAUAAUAUAUAAUAAGAACUAUGCCGUUUUAGGAAAGUUAUAAAUAAAUUUCUUACGGUGUUCUAGAAAUUUUAAAUUUUUAUAGUGUUGAUUGUGAGUUAUCAGAACAUUGUGGAUUUGUUGUAAAA